UAGCUGUAUGAAGUAAAAAAGAACACAACAUCUGGUUGUUUUUAAAUAACGUCUUAUGACAUUGUUCGCCAGAAUAAAUUAUGGAAUGGAAAUUUUACCAAUCUGCGUUACCCACGCCAGUCAGCAGAUGGCGAUGGAAGGCUUUCAGGUGAUGUUUCUUGCGUGACGUAUAAUCUAGUGGACGGAAAGCUUCAACGACAUUAAAAGACUACUGAUUCAACCAUUUCGGUAGCGCACAUUAAACCUGUCUUGUUUAUAUUAAUGUCCGUGUUUUUAAACAUCAUUCUGUUUUACGUAUUGACUAGUUGAAAAAAAAAGAAGUUAUUUGCUUGUUAAAUUAAAUUGGCUAAUUUGUUCAAUUGUUAACGUUACUGCACUAGGCUAAACGCUAAUGCUAACUAUCUAGCUAGCUAACAUCGCGACCAUGUGCUCACUAAGCUAUUCGGAGAAAGAAGCUCUAGCGCUGAUCAUCAUCGUAAAAGAAGAAGAGGAAGAAGCUUUAAGAAUAAAAAAGGAAGAAGAGGAGACUGUCACAUUAGAAGAAGAAGAGGUGGAUAUUACAGUGAAAGAAGAGAAAGAACCUUUUGGAGUAAACGACGAAGAGGAGAUAGGUUUCAGAAUCAAAAAGGAGGAAGAUGCCAUAACAUUAAAAGAAGAAAAUGUAGUGAAAGAAGAGAAAGAACCUCUUGGAGUAAAAGAGGAAGAUGAGGCCAUCUCAAUUAAAGAGGAGGAUGAGGAGGAGACUGAAGAUCCUGUUAACACCAGAGAGAGACAUGACUAUGGUGGAUCCUCUGGGGAGCCUGAACAACAUCCUGAUGCUGACGAGGCAGAGAAGAGUCUCUCCAGAUCAGAACACCAGAUGGACAACGCUAGCCCUUCCUCCCUGCCGCAGUCCCCGUGUCGUUCCUCUCCCGGUAGCACCUUACUGCGAGAGGAGAAGAAGAAGAAAGGAUCAGAUUUGACUCAUCAAAAAGAGAGACCCGACUCAGAGGAACCAGAGACGUCUGAACCAGUGAGACGACACCACUGUUCCCAGUGUGGAAAGAGUUUUAACCAUUUAGGAAAUCUUAAAAACCACAAGAGAACACACGCAGAGAAGUCUUACAACUGCUCUCACUGUGCAAAGAGUUUUACUCAUUUAUGUAACCUAAAAUUGCAUGAGAGACGACACACAGGAGAUAAGCCUUACCAAUGCUCUCAGUGUGGUAAGAGAUUUGUUGAGUCAACAGAACUGAAAGUUCAUAAGAGAAUACACACAGGGGAAAAGCCGUACAACUGCUCUCACUGUGCAAAGAGUUUUACUCAUUUAUGUAACCUAAAAUCGCAUGAGAGACGACACACAGGAGAUAAGCCUUACCAAUGCUCUCAGUGUGGUAAGAGAUUUGUUGAGUUAACAGAACUGAAAGUUCAUAAGAGAAUACACACAGGGGAAAAGCCGUACCACUGUUCCCAGUGUGGAAAGAGUUUUUCAACAUUAAAUGUCUUGAAAAUGCAUGAGAGAAUACACACAGGGGAAAAACCAUUCCAAUGCUCCCAGUGUGUAAAGACAUUUUCCCGACCAGGGGACCUGAAAAUGCACGAGAGAAUACACACAGGGGAAAAGCCGUACCACUGUUCCCAGUGUGGAAAGAGUUUUACAUGGUUAAAGGUCUUGAAAAUGCAUGAGAGACGACACACAGGGGAAAAACCAUUCCAAUGCUCUCAGUGUGGUAAGAGAUUUAUUGCGUCAACAGAACUGAAAGUUCAUAAGAGAAUACACACAGGGGGAAAACCAUUCCAAUGCUCUCAGUGUGUAAAGACAUUUUCCCGACCAGGGGACCUGAAAUUACACGAGAGAAUGCACACAGGGGAAAAGCCGUACCACUGUUCCCAGUGUGGAAAGAGUUUUACAAGGUUAAACGUCUUGAAAAUGCAUGAGACAAUACACACAGGGGAAAAACCAUUCCAAUGCUCUCAGUGUGUAAAGACAUUUUCCCGACCAGGGGACCUGAAAUUACACGAGAGAAUACACACAGGGGAAAAGCCGUACCACUGUUCCCAGUGUGGAAAGAGUUUUACUCAGUUAGGGAGUCUGAAAAGUCAUAAGCGAAUACAUUCUGGAGAGAAGCCUUAUCACUGCUCCAAAUGUGGAAUUGCCUUUUCAGAGUUAAAAACCUUGAAAAUGCAUGAGAGAAUACACACAGGUGAGAAGCCGUACCACUGUUCCCACUGUGGAAAGAGUUUUAGACAAUCGCAACAGCUGAAACAACACGAGAGAAUACACACAGGAGAAAAGCCUUACCACUGUUCCCAGUGUGGAAUGAGUUUUAGGCAGUUAACGGGCCUCAAAGGUCAUAUGCAAAUGCACUCUGGAGAGAAGUCAAACACAUGUUCUCAUUGUGGAAAGAGUUUUCUGAGGUUAAGCACUCUGAAAUCGCAUGAGCAUAUACACACAUACAACAAGGAAAAGCUCUACCAAUGUUCCGUGUGUGGAAAGUGGUUUACCCAGUUAGAAGCCCUGAUUAUGCAUGACAGGACACACACAGGAGGGGAUAAGACCUACCACUGCUCCCAGUGUGGAAAGAGAUUUAACUGGUUAAGGCAGCUGAAUAAGCAUGAAAGAAUACAUACACAGGAGGAGAAGACAUACCACUGCUCUCAUUGUGGAAAGACAUUUUCCCAGUCAGAGGACCUGAAAUCACAUGAGAGAAUAGAGAGGCUGUGUUCUGACUUGUGUUUCUGACUGAUCAUUUGUGUUUUUGUUUCAUGCCACGUGAAAUCAAAUUGUAUGAAACCAGAAAAAAGGUUAACUUUUGUUGUUUUUUCAUUUAGAGACAUGAUCACGUCUAAUAUCAGAUUAAAUAUUUAAAACGGUCUGUUUGGUUUUGAUGAGCUUUGAUUGAUUUGAUAAGUAUAAACCCUCUGUUGUUCAUCAUAUGAUUUUCUAUUUGUUAAGAGAUUUUUUUUUCAUCAAUAAUGACUAAUUGUGUAUACAUUUCAAUCAGGACUGACUAAUCAGAAUACUAUUAUGUUACUGUAUAGAUGUAUGAAUUUUCUUUUAAUCCUAGUACUGAAUAUAAUGUGUGUAAAUAUAAUCAAGAAUUAGAACAAUGACUUUCUGUUCCUUGGUAGAAAUGAAUGAACUUAUCGUCAGACUGGCUAGAAUGCUUAUCUACACAGGCAGACUUUGGCUCGGUCAUAAAUGUGGGAAGGCUUGAGAACUAUACAGCCAUUGUACCGGUGUGGAGAAGAAGGCGGUACGAAGACUAAUGACGUCAUUUUCAGUUUAUAACCCGUUGUAAAAUGUUUCAUGUUCAGUACUCUCGAGAAUAAACGCUGCUGAUUGAUUUCGA